GUGUAUAAUAGGUUGGGUAUGUCUACAGCUAGUAGGGGCAUUGGAAUUUGGGCACCUUCUGGGGGUUUGUCACAUGUUUCUUUUUUACAGACGGAAAAAGGGCAGCAAUUAAUGACUAACACGGAUCCCAGGGCUACUGGUUUCCAGAAUACAGAGAAGGUUACGGCUGCAUCUCAAAGGAUUCAGUCUGCAGUGCCUCAGGACCCGAGUACAGGUGUAAAGAUCGUAUGGGUGAUGGGGCAUUCGUUUAUAUACUGGGCCAAUGCUGAGGCCAGUAAGAAAAUGGGCGGCCUUCAGCUUGGGUGUCCUGUGGAUCAAUGGGAGGUCAAAUGGUUUGGGAUUAGGGGGAUGUGCUGGGAACUCUUUUUUCCGUUGUUUCUAGAUUUUGGCAGAAUGUUUCCUCGUCCUCAGGUUUUGAUAGUGCAUUUGGGGGGAAAUGAUUUAGGUAUGAUUCCUCAAAAGGAACUAGUUAGAAGAAUCAAAAGAGAUCUGGGCAACAUAAAGGAACUUCAUCCUGAAAUCAAAAUAAUUUGGUCACAGAUUACUCCUAGGUUGGUUUGGAGAUCAGCGAGGGAUUAUGAUAGGCUAGAAAAGAGUCGUAAAAAAAUUAACAAAAUAAUUAGCUCUUUUGUUAAGAGGUUGGGGGGAGGCGUAGUUUUCCACCCAGAUUUUGAAGUAGAUGGAGCUGAGGAAUUUUAUUUAAAAGAUGGUGUUCAUUUUAACCAAUUUGGGCUGCAGCUAUUUAUUUUCGAUAUAAAAGAAGCUUUGGGAAAAAUAUUGGGUUUGGCGGGACUGGGCUGUUCGGUCAGUCCAGUCGGUGGCGGGGGUGCUAGUUCCCAGACAAAUAUGGUACGCAAUAUGGCCAAGUGAU